GCAGAGGAAUCCAACAUCCCCCGGACGGGACGAACUGCAGAUCGAGUCGCAUCGCGGGCGAGAGAGAGAGAGAGAGAGAGAGAGAGAGAGAGAGAGAGAGAAGACCCGGACGCGGCGGCGCACGGCGGCAGCCGGAGAAGAGCGGGGCGUGGCGGCAGGCAGCAGCUCGCGGGCGUCUCCUCCAGUCUUGCUAACCUCGCCGCAUGGGGAUCGGCCACGUGCUCGGCGUCCUCGGCGGCGCCCUCCUCGCCCACGCCGCCUACGCCACCAUCCAGUAUCGCGCCGUGCUGAAGAUCACGGAGGAGGAGUUCUCGAGUCCGCCUAUGGAUGUGAUGAUGCAAUUGCUCCUGGGGUUGGCCUUAUGCAUGUGGGCAGGUCUUGCUGUUCCAGCGAAGUUCCUUUCAGUGCUCCCUCACUCUGAGGAGAAUAGGAUUGUUUCACUCCCGGCUAACCUGGACUUCAUGAUCUUCAACCACCGCGGAAGGGCGCUACCUUCAGACCCAGACUUGAAGCUGAAGACAUGAUUGAACAUUUACAGUUUCUGUUAUUUACCACAGUAGGAUGAUCCAUCCAGUUAUUUUUUUUGUGUCACUCAUUGUUGAGGGGGAGAAACAUUUCCAAGAACUUAACGUCUACUAUGUGUAACUCAAGUUUUUGUGUCACCUGAAUUCUAUAUCUGUAUACCACUCAAUCUUGUGCCAGUCCAUGUGAAUUACCAGUUAUUCAUUCACUA